UUCCGCCUUUCUCUCUCGCGGAAAAGAUAAGGCGCAGUUCUGCCGAUUUCGAAACCCUAACAUCUCCCCAUGGACGACGGCGACGGCGGCCUCAGCUUCGACUUCGAGGGCGGCCUCGACUCGGUCCCGGCAGCCGGGGGCGGUGGCCCCGCGCCGUCCUCUACCGACCCCGGCGCUGGCGGCGGCGGGGACGGGCCGGGCCUGCACGGGCGCGGGCGCGGCCGCGGGAGCUACCGGCAGACGGUGUGCCGGCACUGGCUGCGCGGGCUGUGCAUGAAGGGCGAGGCGUGCGGGUUCCUGCACCAGUUCGACAAGGCCCGCAUGCCCGUGUGCCGCUUCUUCCGUGACUUCGGCGAGUGCCGCGAGCCCGACUGCGCGUACAAGCACUCGUACGAUGACGUAAAGGAGUGCAACAUGUACAAGAUGGGAUUUUGCCCCAAUGGUCCUAGUUGCCGGUACAAGCAUGUCAAGCUACCUGGGCCACCACCUCCUGUUGAGGAAGUUCUCCAGAAGAUUUUGCAGAUGCGCUCUUUCAACAAGUUCGGUCAGCAUAGAAACAGUAACUAUAAUCAGCAGAUGGACAGACCUCAACAUCCACAGGGUUCAGGGUUGCCUAACCAAAACUCGGCAGAAAAUGCUGCUGCUACAGCUCAACCAGCUGGUGGGCAACAAGCACAAACGAUGAAUCAACAGCCACCGCCGCCGCCGCAGCAGCAGCAGCAGAAGCCAAACACAAACGACCAGGUCCAUGGUGUUUCAAAUGGGCAUCAAGCCACUAGAAUUGCCACAUCCCUUCCAGAAGGGCCAUCUAGGUACUUCAUUGUUAAAAGUUGCAAUCGGGAGAAUUUGGAAAUAUCAGUUCAGCAGGGAAUUUGGGCCACUCAGAGGAGUAACGAGGCUAAACUUAACGAAGCGUUUGAAUCCACUGAGAAUGUUAUUUUAAUAUUCUCAAUUAAUAGAACUCGCCAUUUUCAGGGAUGUGCAAAGAUGACUUCUAGGAUUGGUGGCUACAUUGGCGGUGGAAAUUGGAAAUCUGCUCAUGGAACGGCGCACUAUGGUCGAAAUUUCUCUAUACAAUGGCUCAAGCUUUGUGAGUUGUCAUUUCAGAAAACUCAUCAUCUGCGCAAUCCAUACAAUGAUAAUCUCCCUGUUAAGAUCAGCAGAGAUUGCCAGGAAUUAGAACCUUCCAUUGGUGAGCAAUUGGCUUCCCUGCUUUAUCUAGAGCCAGACAGUGAACUUACGGCUAUGCUAAUUGCAGCAGAGGCCAAGAGAGAAGAGGAAAAGGCAAAGGGAGUUAGUGCUGAUGAAGCUGCUGACAAUCAAGAUAUUGUGCUGUUUGACGACAAUGAAGAAGAGGAGGAAGAGGAAAGUGAGGAAGAAGACGAAAGCAAUGGCCAAGAAUCUCAAGGAAGGGGAAGAGGAAGGGGGAUGAUGUGGCCACCUCAAAUACCAAUGAUGCGUGGCGUUGGGCCGAUGAUGGGAGGUCGUGGCUUCCCUCCCAACCUGAUGGGUGAUGGCUUUGGUUUUGGUGGUGGUUUUGGCAUGCCUGAUCCUUUUGGUGUGCCUCGUGGUUUUCCACCAUUCGGUGGCCCAAGGUUUCCCGGUGACUUUGGCAGAGGAGGUCCUAUGCCUGGUAUGGUCUUCCCCGGCAGGCCACCGCAACCUGGAGGCCUCUUCCCUAUGGGCCUUGACAUGAUGAUGGGUCCUGGUCGUGGACCUCUCAUGGGAGGCAUGGGAAUGGGCGGGCCUGGACGACCUAAUCGUCCCAUGGGCAUGGCUUCCUUCAUGCCCCCACCACCUCCAAACAACCGUGCUGUGAAACGGGACCAAAGAAGGCCAGGUGGUGACCGGGGUGACAGGUACGAGACGGCAUCGGACCAGGGAAGUAGGGGCCAUGAUAAUACUGGCAAUUCUGGAGGAGACGGAGCCAGGUCUCAAUCUGGGGACAGAUAUGGCAGAAGCGCCCUCCGGGAUGAUGACAGCGAGAGCGAAGAGGAAGCGGCUCCAAGGCGGUCAAGGAAACGAUAGGGCAAUACUGAGAAGCUGGGCUCCAUGCUGUUACCUCAUCAGAAGGCUACCUGUAUAAACUGAGUUCAGGAUUUCAAAAUAGGUUUCUUAUCUUUUUUGCUGAGAUUAGAACCAAAUAGUGAGACAUGGAUUCUAUAUAGCUGCAUGUUGUGGGCGGUCACAUUGGUAGCUGGAGUUUUUCUCAGGCGGCUCGUUUUGGCAGGUCAAGAUUAAUCUGGUACUGCACCAGUUAGGAUUUGUACGAUAACAAUGUCGAGAAUGAUCUGUUGUGCUCUUAUAUGUGCUUAUUAUAAUGUACACGGCUUACAAGUA